CAGAUUAACCCGCAGAGCGCCGGUGAUGCUCCAAAGUAGCCCCAGAAACAAGCCUCGCCUCCGAGGCAGAUGGGGACUGCUCGAUAUUUUGCUCAAACCUUUAUCAUAUCGAUCUACAUGUUUUUAUUAUAAUCGGGAAAUUUAAAUGAGCAGGAGAUGGACGCUGGCUCGACCACAGGGGACAGCACGGAUGCGAUAGUGAUGGAUGAUUCUUCCACAGAGGAACGGGAUACCCAAGAGGCUCAUCAUAGCGGGAUUCCGGUCCUGUCGCUGUGCCCCCCUGACACUGUGUAUGGGCAACAGAGCAAUCUGGAUGCCAUCCGCGACGAUCGGGAGCUAUGCGACAGCUGCGGCAGCCUGGAUGGACCCUCGUCAUCCAGCCAGCUUUAUUACCAAGUUCCUCAGGGUCAAGCUCAACUCCGUAAAUGCCCCCACUGUGACCCCUACGAUGCUCUCAAAGCAAACACAGAGUCAAACAGUAGCAGCGGCGCUCGGACUGAAACCGGUUCGGUGGUCCGAAUGGGCUGUAGUUCACCCCACGGGACGUCUCGGCAACACGCGGCGGUCAGAUGCCACUGGUUGCACGGUGAAGGCGGCGCACAGAGACCGACGCAGCGGCACGUGGUGACGCUUGGGGAUGGACAACUUUACUGCUUUGUGAGAAGUUAUUCCCGGAUGCUGGUGGACUACCCGUUAGAGGUUCUCCUGGGAUGUGCCUUGCUGCUACUUGGAUGUUCUCUGGCUGGUCUCCUCAUUGGACCGCUGCCGGACUUCUCUGAGCCUCUGCUGGGCUUUGAGCCAAGAGGGACCGACAUUGCCGUUCGCCAGUCCAGCUUGUCCAAACUGCGGGAAAACACCGGCCCGGGGAAACCCUUGUCUCUUUUGCCAUUGUGGCUGAGUAAAAGUGGAGAUGAGAUCCACAACACUACUGGAGUUCGAUUCGAGAGGAUGCUAGCCAGAGACUCAACUUCAGAGUCUUUCCUCUGUGAUGCACCCGGCCAGCAUUUGGCACAGCUCGUUUUCCGCUCCGAGAGCUCUGCCAGUCUCUGGAGCCUCAAGGCCAUCCAUGCCAUGUGCGAGAUGGAGCAAUCCAGGAUACGUUCCCAGGCGCGAUUCCAGGAUGUGUGCCAGCAACAUGUGAGAGGCGAGACUGAAGCCACAUCAGGAAGUGGCUGCUGUCCCAGCUGGUCCUUGGGAAAUUACUUAGCCGCUCUCACCAAUGCUUCCUGCUGCCUGGGCCUAACCUCACAACAGGUCUCCGAGGCGCUGAACCUCCUCCGGAAAUGCGCUCCUUACUACCACGAUGGCCAUCUGGUGGAAACUUGUUUUCAGCGACCCAAAUACGGCGGCUGCUCUUCCGUCCCGUCACGCUGCAAACAAACCCGCAUAGUAUUCCAAAUCCUUCACUUCCUGGUUGAUAAAGAUUUCCUCGGACCGCAGACCACCGAAUAUCAGAUCCCCACCCUCAAAUACAGUCUUGUGUUUCUCCCGGUGGCCAAAGGGGAACGCAUGAUGGAGAUCUACAUGAGGAGAUUAAAAGGACGAGAUCUGACGUAUAAGAAUACCACAAUCACCGGCAUGGACCUCGGGAUCAAGCAGACCCUGUUUAAGUAUUAUCUAGCGAGAGAUUCGGUCUUCCCCGUCCUUGCAAUCAUUUCACUUCUUCUCACAAUGGCUCUCUAUCUUCACUCUGUCUUCAUGGUGGCAUUAUCUGUGGUAGCAAUCAGCGGCUCCCUCCUCACUUCCUAUUUCCUCUAUAAAGUCGCAUUUCGUCUGACUUUCUUCCCUCUGGUUAACCUUUCGGCGGCUCUCGUUCUCCUGGGAAGUUGCGCCAAUCAAGUUUUUAUCUUUGUGGAUUUCUGGAAUAUGCAGUUGGCCCAGAAACCUUCAGCGUCCUUGGAGAAGAGAGUGCAUAGAGUUUUGCAGGAAAUUGGUUAUUUGAUAUUAGCUUCGGGGUUGACGUCCAGCGCGGCGUUUUGCGCCGGUUAUCUUAGCAGCAUCACGGCUAUCAGAUGUUUUGCGGUUUAUCUUGGGACCUCCUCCUUUAUUAGUUCGCUCUUGGUCCUUGUAUGGCUGCCGUGCUUUUUGAUCUUGCGUGAACGUUACAUGGAAGCAUCCUCCGCAUCGCCGCCAGGGUGGAAGCCAUGUUGCUCCAAAAACCCAGGCGGCUUCUGGGACGCAAGCUCACGCAAGAGGUUCUUGUUUACAUUCGGCCAGAAGCUGCGAGAACUAAAACGAGGUCUUGCUGACACGUCUAAUUUAGUGUUCCUCAAAAUCUUGCCUUGUGGAGUGGUGAAGUUCCGAUACAUCUGGGUGUGCUGGUUCGCCGUGUUGGCCGUAGGCGGCACGUACAUGUCCUGCUUUGAUCCUGGAAUGAAGCUACCUACGCUAGACGGGGCAAUCGCUCAACUUUUCCGCUCCAGUCACCCGUUUGAGCGAUACGACGCCGAAUAUCGUCACAUGUUUAUGUUCAACAGACAGACCAAUGGAGAAGAUAAAGCCGUGACCCUGACGCUCGUUUGGGGCCUCCAGCCAGUGGAUAACGGAAAUCACUUCAACCCAAAAAGUAAUGGCUCUUUGGUUCUGGAUCCGGAUUUUAGAAUGAGUCAACCUCAUGCUCAGGUAUGGUUGAGGGACUUGUGUGGGCACGUGCAAAAUCAAAGCUUUUAUUCGCCGCCUUCCAGCGAGGACAAAGAAGCCAUGAUAGAUAAUAUCUGUUUUGUGGAGCAGCUGCUACACUGGAUCUCCUUCAGAAGAUGUUCAGAGAGCCAUAUUUGCUGCAACAACAUGGCUUUCCCUUUCCCUCCUGGUGUUUUUGAAAAGUGCCUGAGCAUGAUGUUGGCAGAGAGGUACGCCGAGGGUCAUUUGAUUCACGGCGGCGUAUAUUUCCAAGCAGAUGGCCGGAUCGCCGCCCUCGUGUUGGCGUUCAAAACUACGUACCGCUACAGCUUCAACUUCAGCCAAACGAAUGUUUUCUACAGGGAAACCUUGGAGUGGUUCAACAAGGAAAUAUCAGGGGCACCGCCAGGGUUGGAGAACGGCUGGUUCAUCAGUCAGCUGUCUCUUUUUGACCUCCAGCAAGCGUUGAGCUCGGAGAUGUUGGUGGUGGCCGGCGCCUCGGUGGUUCUCACAUUUGCUUUGCUGCUCUUGACCACUUGCAAUAUUCCGCUAAGUUUGUACGGAACUGCGGCGGUAGGGGGCAGUGUGUUCCUCACUGUCGGACUCCUGGUUCUUCUGGAGUGGCAACUGAGUGGCAUCGAGGCUCUCCUCAUUUCAUCCGCAGCCGGCUUAUCGGUUGACUUUGUCGCCGAUUAUUGUAUUUCCUAUUGUUUUGCGCCGCAUUCGGACAAAAUAGGAAAAGUGGCGCAUUCCACUAAAAGGAUGGGCUGUCCCGUAGCAAUCGUUUCCGGGGCCUUUUUCUGCACCGGCGUCAUUAUGUUGCCUUCGACGGUCUUGCUUUUCAGGAAAUUGGGAAUUUUUUUGUUUUUGGUCAAAUGUGUAGCAUGCGGAUUUGCCACCUUCUUUUUCCAAUCACUGUGCUGCUUUUGCGGUCCUCAGAAAAACUGCGGGAGGAUUCCUCUCCCGUGUUUGUCGGACCCGUCGGACGGGAUGUUGUCGUGUUGCUCGGGAGCGGAACCGGGUCCCGUGUCUACUAACGGGGCUUUAGGUCGAGCUAGGGAGACGACUUAUGACAAAGACACGGGUCGUUACCUCUACCCAAAUCAACAGAAGCUGAAACAGACGGGAGGGGGAGGCGGGGACAGAGGGCCGGAGCAGUACGAGCUGCAACCUUUGGCCUAUCGACUAAGUGACAGCUUUGAGAACAGCACUUGUACCAGCAAGCUGUCAAACAGGCCGUCCGUGCUCUCCGAUGAGAUCGAGUAUUGUGGGAGGGAGGCCUCCUUGGAUGGGGAACGUGGGGAGAUGUGUAGAGAACAAGGACCUCCGGCUCUGCAGACCUCAUCACCGUACAAAGAGAACUCAAGACGGUCUACAGGCCUAGCGAAAGACGACGUGACCAAGAGGCUGUGUAAAGCCUGCCAAGAUCGUUGUAACUCAGUGCAGCAGUGGACCAAUAAAACAUUUUCAUCCUCGUCUAGCAUGGAUGAAACUAUCAUUAGCCACACGCUGGAAACCACCGACCAACCAUGUCUGUGCGCAGAAGAUCACACCACAGGUGAAAGACUCCUCCAGCCCUCCUCGCAGUCUGUGAGCUCCUGCGAGUUUCUGGAUGCCUCCAAUGAAACGUGUUUGAGUGACAUUGAAGCGGGUUCUUCCAAUGCUCAGCAAAGCGAUGGAGAAGCUCAGUUACAACCGGGACACCUGAACGGGAAGAGAGACACUCUACGUCUUUCCCUCAGAGAGACGGUUUAUGAGAUGUGCGGGAAAAGUCGGAGCAGUCAGACGGAGAAUAUUGUUAUUUUACCAAACAGUAAGCCAGACCUACCAGAUGUUUGGAUCAAGAGGGACGGGCAACGAGAUGAUACACUUUAAGCAUGAAUAGGACAUAUAUGGAAAAUAACUCAUUAGGCCAACAAAAACAUUCUUGUCAAGUGACAAAGGCAUGAAUUGGAAUAUUUUCAGAAUUAUUUCCAAUUCAGUAAGACAACCAGCAUGAUCCAAUAGUGACUGAAGUAAUUUUGAUCAAACUUGCACUACGUUGUAGUUACAAUUUAGGUCAACAGAGGGCGCUGUUGACCAGACGACAACUAAGAUACUGUUUAGCUCAAAUUAUAAGACUUUGUCUUGUGUGCCAAAAUUGAGACAAACCAGUCUAAACUAUGAUAAAGAAUAUUUCAAGUUGGUUG